AGCUGUUUGCGGCUCCGUUGAGGGGGGUUGAACGCUGGGGCGUUGACUUUCCUGCUCUUGCCCAUGCGUAGUGUGUUGCCAUGUCCUUUGCUUCGAGCUUAACAAAGAUUGUCGCUGAAAAAAGGGAAGAACAGAAAGCCAGAGAGAAAUUGGCAGCCAAGUGGAAGGCUCAUGAAGAGAAGCUUCUGGAGUCCCUCAUUGACACUUUCAAGAAAAAGUGCAUGAGAGAGGCAGAGUUGGAGCGCUGCGACGCAUCCAUUAGUUUUGCCUCACUGGUCCGUGAGAUUCCAGAGUUUCCUACUCAUGUCAUUGUGGACUCCCAGCAUCUUGUAGAGAAUUGGGGUGAUGGAGCGGCUUCCUGGUGGUACUAUGCGCACCGUGGCGUCACCCAGGAGUUCAUCAGUGGCAGCCCGGUCUCCUUCGCAGAGCUCCUUGAGUCGAUGAUGCCCAAGUUCCUGGAGUCUGCACAGGAGCUUGGCUUUCAGAGCUGCAAAAGAGAACCUGGCACGUGGAAGGUGGUAGCUUCGUGGAAGCCUCCUGAUGGACGGUAAGCGAUGGCUGGCGCACUGCCGUAGAAGCAAGAAUAAUGAGAAUCCCAAGUUUUGCUGUAUAAACCUUCAUGAGAGACUAAGAAUCCACCUUGUAGAAGAAUUGAC